CAGCCCAUCACUAUUUCUGUGAAAAUCUCAAAUCCCUAGCUUUCAAUUUCGAAAAAUAGAAUCAAAUUUCCCAAAAAUCAUUCCCAAUAUCAAAAUUCUAAAUGCCACAAGUUAAUUCAAAAUCUACGAAUUCAAAAACUGAAAAUUCGAAUAAAUUAAAAAUGAAGCAAAAUGGUAAAGCGAGAAAAAAAGUACUAGACGAAGAUGGCCAGGAAGAACAAGAUCAAGAACAAGAUGGAGUCUCCGUACACUCGCCUUGCAAAAUCCCCAAUUCUUCUUUCCGAAAGGGGAAAUCGGAGGUGGAAUUGGAACUGAGGCUAUUAGAAGCUCUCGAAAUCUAUCCUCCGUCCAAAUUACGAGGAAUACAUAGACACUUUGUGCUUUAUGGUUUAACAGAAUAUUUGCGCAGAAGUUUCAAUCAGCCAUUUAGUGGGGAUGAUAUUCUGAAAUUGCUCGAUCGUUUCUACGACUUGGAAAUGGUGAAACCAGAUGAUGACGACGCUGAAAUCCUGCAUCAAGAGGAAGAUUUUCGCUUGCCACAAAGUUAUUUCAUCAGUGAAGAUUCUUGAAUGAGACUAUUCCACGUACAGUUGCUUGUUUAUGAAGUUGUUCAUAUGUCAUGCUGGUUUUCUUUUCUUUUUUUUUGGUUCUCUAGUAACUUUUCUUAUAAUAUUACUUGUGUUUGUUUUUAUGAGCCGACAAAUCCAUUUUCUAAUAGUGAUGACCCUAAUUUCCCUACCUCCUUUUAUAAAUUGAAUAGAUUAUUUGUAUAGGAUUUGAUAAUACAUGGGUACUUGUUCAUUGUUAGGUGGCAAUGUUUAGUUUGUUUUUCUUCUUGUUCUUUUGCCAAUCUUUUGAAGUAGUAGCAUAUAGCAAUGACCAAAUUUUUUGAACUAUAGAAUAUUACAAGAGAGAAUGAUCUUUGUGAAA